AUGGAUGCCGCGUCUUGCAAAAAGCUAAUUGUGCUGCUAGAAUCGAGUAGCUCAUCGGAUAGCGAAGACGACACAAUCAUCGUUACCAUCCAAGAGCAUCGACGCGAGCGGCCAAAGGUGGACAACUUCGUCGCUGAUGUUGUGGCAUCGUUCGAUGAUGAAGAGGUACAAAGCAAUUGGUUCAGAAGACACUUCAGACUGAGUCGCAGUACCUGCGAAUUGCUGACGAGGCAGUUCGCUGCUUCACCCCAAUACCCCAAGAACCACUCACAUGGCGGGACGCCACAGAAGAGUGCCGAAGAACACAUUUUAGCUUUCCUUUGGUAUGCUGGGAACAAGGCCACAUUUAGAUCUGUAGCCCAGCUAUUUGGGAUGUCGGAGAGCACGCUCCAUGAAGUGGUGGACCGGGUCGCCGACUUCCUCGAGGCUGUUGCUCCUAAGUACCUGAAGAUGCCGCUCACAGAAGAGGAGAAACAGCAGACGAGUUACAUCAUGACGCCGUACCGCGACCACGGGCACAUGACCGCCGAGGAAAAGCGAUUCAACUACAGGCUGAGCCGAACGCGCGUGCGUAUCGAGAACGCCUUCGGAGUUCUCAAGAGUAGGUUUCGGCAACUUUUGUACCUCGAGUUUCACACACCAGAGAGGUCAACAAAAUUCAUGCUUGCAUGCUGCGUGCUGCACAACAUAUGUAUCAUGAACGGGGAACAGGAUUUGGAUGACGAGUCGGGGACGGAUGACAGCUCCGACGAGGAAACCACGCAAGAUAGCACCGUCACCACUCGGUUGCUGAGGCGACUCGGGGAGGAAAAAAGGCGCGCCUUGGCGCGAUCUUUCAACUGA